GCGCAGUCACGUGGGCGUCCGGAUUUUGAAUUUCUAUUUUUGAAAUAUAGAUAAUUUUUAUCUGGCAUAAAGACGUAAUCAGCGGGUAUAUACCAAUUCGAGCUAUAUUACUAGGUAGCUCCUCAACGCCAACUGGUACGACCUGCUCAGCGCUUUCCUCGUCGUACUGAAGGCUGGCAAGGGAUGGCUGGUCGCCAAAAUCUGGAAUACGCGCCCAGCGUCUCGUCCUUCGCGCCAUCAACAAGUGUGCCUUCUACUGCCGACGUUAGCCCCCGUCUAGACUCGGUCCUGACUCUAUCGACGGCCACGACCUCGUCGACGCACCAGAGGCGUGCCAGGCGGAGCCUCAGUCUCCUGGACAAGAUACCAACGGACUUUUCUUCAUUGUUACGCUCUCACAGCACCUCCCGUCGAUACAGUGCUAUUUUCCAGUCUAAUCAAGCCACCAAAGUCCGUUUGUCGGAUUAUGCCGACUCGCAUCCUUCCUCCCAGCAGCCGACAUCCAAAGACAUGUACGCCUCUCGAGAUGAUGAACGGCCAACGAGAAAGUCAAAGUCGGAGAACAGGUUCUACAGCUUCAUCACCCGUUCACGUUCGCGUUCUCGAACGAAAGCUGGGGCGUCUGUCGAUAUAGAACCUGUCGCUUCAGAGCUCUCUCAAGGCUAUGCAGCUGAUAUUUCAACACACUCCCGGCAAUCUAGUAUAUCUAGUCGAGCACCAUUGGAACAAAGGUGCCACACGCCAAGCUCGAAGCCACCCACCCUACAUCCAUCUCGACCUCUUUCUUCCACAACCACCGCCACUAAUACUACUGUCAAACCUCCCACGCCCAAGGGCAAGAGGAGGGUUCCCGUUCCCAUCCCUAAGCCCAACAUCCUAGCUCAGGAGAAUGAAAAUCCAUCAAGUGUCGCUGGAUCGAGACCUAGUACUCCCAAACUAUCUACACGUAAAAAGCUUCAUAACCUUUUUGGAAUUCCUCUCAGCGGCGCUCGCCGUUCCGGUUCACGAAAAUCGUCCAUAAGCAGCACACGUCCCACUACACCUGAUCUCCAGAGUUCUGCCGAUGCACCCCCGCUUCCUCUUCAGCCCGAGUCUCCAAAUUACCAUAUACGUGGCAAUAACCAUGAUCCAAUACUACCACCCUUGCCCAGAGUUCCCCUUUCCCUUCACUCGCACUUCGGAGAUUCCAAAGCGAAACCUACAUCCAUCGACCCACUAGAAUCGUCAACAUCCACCACUGCGUCAUACAGCUCCAGACGGGAUACCUUUUUCAAAGCGUCUAAGCUAUUUUCAGUCCGUAACCCUCUCGUAAUGUCACCAACCUCGUCUACUUUUGAUGACCGUCCUCGUCCCUAUUCACCGGCUCCGCCUGUUGUUUCUAGUCCGAUCAAGCACCGCAGAACGCAGACUCAAAUAGACACACCACCUUCGCCAACAACACCGACAACGCCUGUACAGCGUGCGAUACAACUUGCAGCACCUCAACCUCGGCGUGCCACAACUUUAACGGGAGGCAACGACGUUAUACCGAGAAUAACUCAUACGCCCGCAACACCCUCACGACCAGGCACGUCGCCUCCCAGGCUCAGUCAAAGAAAGGAUUCCAUAGACUCGACUCAUCUUUAUCGUGUUAUGUCCGUUGUAGACGAAGAGAAGGAACGGACGGAGUCGGAGCCGGUCUCGGACAAAGGGAAAAAGAGGAACGAUGCUUUCAAGCCCGGGCAUCGUUCUGGUGUGAAGAGCGUGAAGGGUUCCAUAGUCCGAUCGACAAGACACGGUUCUUUCGAUUUUGAGCGGCCUGGGUGGGGUGCAGGUGGGCUCAUCUCAAGGACUGCCAGCGGUAAUUCCGUGAGUACGACUAUGACCGGCGCAUAUAGUCACAACAGAAGCGGUGACAGUCUAAGCAACGCAAGCCGGAAUGGUGAACCUUCGGGGUUCGGGUCAUCGAGAUCCGGUGGGACGCAGAAAGAUAUUCCACUACAGCCGCCAAAGCGACGACGAUCACACCGUGCCGCACCUCCCAUUGCACCGCUCGAACCCGAAUACACGGGUGCAUCUUCAUCGACCAAUCAUAGCAAAUCGACUACCGGAACCAAUGGUCUAUCAUCAAGUUUAGGCAGGAAUACUGGGAAGCGGAUGCUUGGGUCUGGCGUCGCACGACUUGUCAGCAUACCUCAUGGGCCAUUUUCUUUCGAACCUCCUGUCCCUUCACCUACAGUCAGUAAUAUGAGCGAGAGUACAAGAGGAAGCGGGAUGAGCGAUCGGGAGGCAGAGGAACGGGAACGGGAGGUGGGAGACCGUGAAAUGACAGCAGUCAAGCAAGCGUGGCGGACAGCCCAUGUUGAGGGAAGGUCGCUAGAUCUGGGUUUGGGCUUGGCGUGGGCCCCGAGAAAAGUGAGGGAAGAUGCACUCAUACCUUCCGGUACCAUUGCUGCGCUAAGCCGCAGCGCUUCAUCAAGGAAUGGAUUGAGGUGCGCAGCUGCCAAAUCUGCCGAGGAGCGAUCGAAAGUGGGUAAGGAAAUUGCUGAGAUGUUCAGGAAUGCUUUGAGCAACGAGCAAUAUACUACAUUUAAGCAAUAUGUCCACCGUUUCGACGCUCACGAUAUUCCUUUCGAUGGUCCUACGGGUAUCAUCGCCCGCACAGGGCAGUUGUUGGACAACUCGCAAAACCUUGGCGAGGAAGGGAAGAAACACCUGUUGGAUAAUCUGGUUCGGGUAAUCCUACAAAACGCUUGAACCGUGUUGAAAAGCGCACGCCCUCAUCAUUUUCUGUGCGUGUCAUAUUUUUGUUUCUCAUUCUGUACAUAUUAUUCUUCGACAUAUCUUAUUUUUUUCGCUUCAAUUUCCUAUUCCACAUUUAGAAUCAUUUACCUGUAUUCUUGCAUCUAUUCGUGUACUAUUUUUUCUUCAUGCAUAUCUUUAAUGAUUUCGGGUCACGUAUUUGUCUUACGCUCGUCAUUCUGCAAUGCUUUCUGAUACAUGUUAUUGAUUACUGCACGUUUAUGUUCUUAAGUAUUAGGUUGUACGCCCAUUUUAUGAUUCCUAGG